GAUUCCCCUCAUGUUCUCAGGAGCUCUUGACAAAUGGGUGACUCUUCAUAGUGAUGGUCUUCUCAGAUUCCAAAUUUCUUCAAUCCAGAGACUUUCUCCAAAUGGCGGUGUCACUGCACUGUGGGGACUCGGGGACCAGCAGAAAACAAGUUUAUACUAUUGAAGGUACCAUCUAAGCCAAAGAGCGUCAGGUUGUAGAAUCUGAUGCUUGUGGUUAUAAAUUGCUAAUUGCAGUAUAGCUUGCCGAGGAAAAAAGUGCUAUGGAGUGCAAUAGAGAUGAGGCAGUCAGGGCUAAAGAAAUUGCUGAGAAGAAGUUUACAGAGAGAAAUUAUGCUGGUGCAAAGAAAUUUGCUCAGAAGGCUCAAAAUUUGUAUCCUGGGCUUGAGGGGCUCUCCCAAAUGUUAACAACACUUGAUAUUUUUAUCUCUGCAGAAAAUAAAAUAAGUGGGGAAGUGGAUUGGUAUGGUGUACUUGGUGUGAGUCCCUUGGCUGAUGAUGAGACAGUAAGGAAACAAUACAGGAAGCUAGCUCUCAUGCUUCAUCCCGAUAAAAACAAGAGCUUAGGUGCAGAGGGAGCAUUUAAGUUGGUUUCUCAGGCAUGGGGUUUGCUAUCAGAUAAGGCUAAGAGAUUAGCAUACAACCAGAAGAGGAAUUUCAAAGGAUUUGAGCAGAAAGUUUCAGCCCGGAGUAAUGUUGGUCCAUCUGUGCCACCCAGAGCAAAUGGCUUUCAUAAUGUUACUAGUAAUGUUGCUUCAACUGCAAGGAAUACACAUAGCAAUACUCGGGUGGGUCCCACCUCAGUUCCUUCUCCUUCACAUAUGAAAACUGAUACUUUCUGGACUGUUUGCAAUCGAUGCAAGACGCAUUAUGAGUACCUCAGGAUUUAUUUGAAUCACACUCUGCUUUGCCCUAAUUGUCAAGAGGCCUUUAUGGCUUUAGAGAAGCCUCCACCUCCGAACAUUUUUAAGUCAUCCAAUUGGUCUUCUCGCCAACAGCAUCAGAAUUCAAGGCAUCCUGCCGCAAGAAAUUCUUCAAUUGCUCAAAAUUCAGAAGCGGGGGGUUCUGCUGGUUUGAAUUCAUUCAAUAACACAAACAUCCACUGGAGUCCUCCGUCCAGAGCGGCUGCAUUUGGUUGCACGGUUGCAUCAGCUUCUGCUGCUGCACAAGCUGCAACUGUGGUUCAGCAGGCUAGUGAGAAAGUGAAGAGAGAGCGUGAGGAAGCACAUUUGGCCCGUAAAGGAGAGAUGCCCUUGAAGAAGAGAAAACCAGAUGAUAAUGGUUUGAACAGUUGUGGAGGCCAUGUGUCAAAUCACAUGACGAUGGGAAAUGGAGAAGUAACAAAGGGUUAUUUCGGAACAGAAAGGACCUAUGGUUUAUCUGGUGCGUAUAAUAAGUCCAACAGUGAGAGAGAGUUGUCAUUAUUCGAAAUAAGAAAUAUGCUAGUGGAGAAGGCUCAGAUUGAAGUCCGCAAGAAACUUAUAGAAUGGAGCUCAUUAACUGGAGCAAAUACUGUGAAAAAAGAGAAAGAGAAGUUGAAAGGCAAAGAGACUAAGAAACAACAGAGUGUGGUGAAUGGUGACACAUAUGAUCUGCAUAAGGAUGGCGAGUCAAAUGUUACAGAUAAGGAGGCCGUUCCACCAAUGUCAAUCAAUGUUCCAGAUCCUGAUUUUCACAAUUUUGACAUGGACAGAACUGAAGGUUCCUUUGGGGAUGACCAGGUCUGGGCUGCGUAUGAUGCUGAUGAUGGUAUGCCUCGAUACUAUGCACGAGUUCACAAGGUGAUCUCUUUGAAGCCAUUUAAGAUGCGGAUCAGUUGGCUUAACUCCAGAAGCAACCGUGAAUUGGGCCCAAUAGACUGGAUUGGUUCUGGUUUUGCCAAAACUUGUGGUGAUUUUAGGAUUGGUAAACAUGAAACUACUGGAACAUUAAAUUCUUUCUCUCACAAGGUUACAUGGACAAAAGGCACCCGUGGGGUCAUUUGCAUAUAUCCUAGAAAGGGAGAAGUCUGGGCCCUUUACAGAAACUGGUCCCCGGAUUGGAAUGAGCAUACGCCAAAUGACGUGAUACAUAAAUAUGACAUGGUGGAAGUGCUUGAUGACUUUAAUGUGGAACAAGGUGUGUCUGUUGUCCCCCUUCUUAAGAUUGCUGGUUUCAGGACAGUGUUUCAUAAGCACGUGGACCCCAAGGAGGUCAGGAGGAUUCCAAAAGAAGAAAUGUUUCGCUUCUCUCAUCAAGUCCCAAAUUACUUGCUUACAGGCCAAGAAGCUGAUAACGCUCCAGAGGGUUGUCGAGAGUUGGAUCCAGCAGCUACCUCUUUGGAACUCCUUCAGGUUAUGACGGAAGCUAAUGAGGAGGAGCCUACAUUGAAGAACUGUGGAAGAGUUGAGGAAGAGAUGUUGCAGAGUACCCCAAAAAUAAGUGUAGAUGAAAUGGUAGGAAAUGCUGAGACAGGUAACCAAGGAGAGAUGGUAGGAAAUGAUGGCAAACAAACCAAAGAUGACAGAUAGUGGUGCACGGCAGGGUAGUCAGAUCAAGCUGAUGGGUAAAUGAUGCUGAAAAAGCUAAGAACUAGCAUUUGGAUGUCCCCGAAUACACCCUUUUGAGGUUUUUGUUUUUUUAAGCCUGACUCCAAUUGUAGAAAUUGCUUCUUUGGCAAUUUAUGGAUCGAAACUGAUCCAUAGUUUUUUGGGUUUCUUUAGCUGUACCAUACUGUGACAGUUGAAUUUUAUAUGAAAGCUCAUGCAUGACCAUACUGAAUACCAACAUCAGGACUUUUCUGCAAGCUAAAGAUAGUUUAGCAGAUGAAGUUACAGAGUUCUUGGGCAUUCAUUUCAUGAGCCGAAGGGGCUUCCCACCCUUCUGGAUUUUGUUUCUAGUUUA